AUGUACGACCUGAAAUUUAACUCGAGAAAGGCUAAUGAUAUAGAAGAACACUUUUUGUAUUCGAAGCAAAAGGAUGGUGAUUCACUUAUUCUAGAACACCACGAAGUUCUAGAAGAUCUUUGGAUUCUUGGUAAGAAGCAGCACAUGUACCAAGACCUGUCGCGAUUCUGUACCUCUAAAAUCCUGAGCCACCCUUUCAGUGUCGACCCGACGUUUAAUUUUGGCCAUUAUGGGGUGACACCUUUCUCUUACAAGCAUCUUCUGCUACAGUCAAAGAGAACAAAGGACUCACCCGUGUUCAUAGGGCCAACUGCUAUUCAUUACAGUAAGAACAAGAAUAUUUUCAAGAAGAUUGCAUUAGCAGUCAUAUCCAGCUACCCUCACCUAGGUACAAAAGGACAAGGUUCCAUAACCGACGGGGAGAAAGCACUUCACGAUGCGCUAUUAGAGUCAAUUCGAAAAGCUAUAGGCUUACGUUGGUUCAACCACUUCCAACGCAAUUGUAACGACAAAUUGAGCACUUAA